AUGGUCAACAAGACUUGGUUUUCGAUUCUCAGCCUGGCCUCCGUGACUGUGUGCCAGUCGAGCACGGACCCUUGGUCUGACACCAACUGGCACAAGUAUGUGCGAUCUCCGGGUUCCUCGGAUGUUAAACCGGUUCGAAUUUUGGCAGAGAAAACAGCUGGAAAUGUCACCAAUCCUGAGGGCUUGCUUGACGGCAGCCAGACUACCGUCUUCACACGAAGUCAAGCCGAAGAAGAGGCUCCUUCGGUCGUAAUUGAUUUUGGGUUGAAUGUCGUGGGCUUGCUGAGAAUCCAUAUUGAAGGCUCAAGUAGCUCCUCGGAUAGCCUUCCAGGUCUACGGUUGGCCUUUUCCGAGACCGAGGAUGCUCUAAGCGACAACAAGAGUGACUAUACUCGCUCUUAUCGCGGCAUCUAUGACGAAGACAUAUUGACAGACGGCACUGACCAGGUAUAUCCUUCCUGUACCCCAGCCACCCAGAAGCCAACGCUAAUAGCAGUAAACUUGCAGAUUGCCGUUAAGAAUGAGAAAUACACCUGGACCAACACUCUAGGAUGUGAGCAUGGCCGUCAGGUGUGUGCAGAUGGCCUCCACGGCUUCCGAUACGUGAAGAUAUGGCUGGACGCUCUCGAGUCUGACUCUCCAUACACAUCAUCAACUGGCUCGGUCUCUAUUUCAUUAGUUGAUCUUGAGUGGUCUGGAUACCUUGGACCUCCAGAAAGCUUCGCCGGAUGGUUUGAAUGCUCCGACCCAGACAUUAGCCAGUGGUGGUUUGAUGGAGUAUAUACCGUUGAGACAAAUAUCGACUUGUUUCUCAAGAACGAGACUGAGCCCAGAGACGCAUUCAGCCCAACCUUGGACGGCAAAUGGGUUCUGCUUGACGGUGCGAAACGCGAUCGGGAUCCGUAUGUUGGCGACCUCGCAAUUGCCGCGCUGACUCUAUAUCUUUCGCACGAUUUCCCCGAGGCGAGUUUCAAUGUUCUUGAAGAUCUCGCCAUUCAUCAACGAGACGACGGAUGGAUCCCUCCAGCCAGCAUCGCUGACCUCGUCCUGUAUACUGGGAAUACCAGUUACGCUGAGCACUAUUGGGACGUACUGAAGAAAACUCUCGAUGAGUUUUAUCCGGCGCACACGAAUAACGAUCUAGGACUUCUAGACAAGUCCGCCUCGAUAGGUUAUGGCGACUAUGCCUUCCUGCCAAGAUCCGGCCCAAUCACCUACUACAACGCAUUGUACAUUCAUGCGCUCAAUCACGCGGCUCAGCUGGCGACCGAACUCGGACACAACGACGAUGCCAGCAGAUGGACUGAGCGAGCCAAGCCGAUGGGUGGUAAUCUCAUCGCCCGGAACUUCGAUGUUUCUACUGGAGCAUUCUUCGACGGAGGGCCAUGCCCAAAUGAGCCAGCUGGAAGCAUAUGCAAUGUCCAUGCGCAGGAUGGUAACUCCAUUGCAAUUCUGGCUGGGGUGACAAACGAUACUCUAUCCACCGCGAUACUCGACUACUGGGCGAACGCCACUGCAUUGCCAUAUGGAAACGCAUUUUAUGACAGCAGUGUCCUUGGCCCUGGUGAUCGAUUCGACGAGAGAGUUUAUGCCUUAACCUCUUACUUUGAACUUACAGCCCGGUUUACGACCCCAGGAAGCGAAAACUCGGCGUACGAUGAGCUCCGUCGGCUCUACGGGUGGAUGGCCACACAUGACCCCGGUGUCACGCAGUGGGAAGGCAUAGGCCCGGGAGGCAUCUCGUAUCAAGGGCCGUUUAUGUCAUAUUCGCACGGAUGGUCAACGGGCAUAGUGCCACUGAUGAGCAACUACGUCCUCGGAGUUAAGCCAACAGCCUCAGGAUUUAGUUCGUGGAGCAUUUGCCCAGUUGUGAAAGGUGAGCUGAGCUGGGCAAAAGGUGUGGUGCCAACAGGAAAUGGUGAGAGCAUCAAGGUUUCAUGGGAAAAGUCUGGUACCGAAACCAUAGAUUCUCUGGCUUUGGAGGUUGAAGUUCCUGACGGUACUGGGGGUAGCAUAUGUCUACCCGAUAUCGGAAGGGACAUAAACAGCGUCGUGCUCAAUGGCGAAGCCCUGCCAAUCAAUGAGGUGAUCAAAGUAAGUGGGGGAAGGUAUAGCAUAACCUUCCAGUAG